CCAAUCAAUCCAAUAUCCAGCACCGUAGAGAGAGAGAGAGAGAUUCAAAAUGGCGAACUUGUCCGCCUAUCGUGUUUACGCCAGCACUGUUAGCUCCGUUGAAAAUCUCCCAUAUGCGAGCCUCGACAAAGAAAUGCAUAUCGUUCUGGCCUUCGCCAGAGAUUACGAUAUGUAUCGGCGUUACACGACAGGAAAAUUUGAGGCAUAUUUUGAUAAAAGUAAGUUCGAUGCCCAGACUAUCAGAGCCAUCAAAAGGAAGGCAACUUCCACCUCCAUCAAGUUCUUCUUGAGCAUCGGAGGGCGUGACCCCGAAUUCCCAUUUGCUGUGACCUCUUCUGACGAAUCCAUGUGGAUCAAAAAUGCCACCGACACUCUCAAAAACAUCGUCCAGACUUUUGGUUUUGAUGGCAUCGACGUUUACUACGAACACAUCAAACCUGAUGCGGCAAAUCAGUUUCCCAAGGAAAACGAGGCACUUUUUGACUUUGUCGUCUACCAGAACCACUCUCAGCCUGGUCGUGUUUCCAAUUUUAAAGAGCUCGAACCCAUCUUCGACAGACUAGCUUAUCCCAAAGAGAAGAUCUUUGCUGGCCACAGUGAUGUCCUGCCAUCGGACUGGGCUAACGUCCCACAGCCCAUCUUCCUUGGUGCUGUUCCUCAGCUCCUCAACAAAGGAAUCUUUGGGAUUUCCAAGUGGAUUGUGACCCCUAAUGAUCAUAACCCUGAGAGCAAGUGA